AUGGCUGGAUUCGAAAGUAUCAUCGCUCCGGAGUGUGAUGUCGGAAUAUUUGCUGACGACAUUGUGCUGUGGUGCUCUGGCCCUGAUGUGAAAAAUAUUGAAUCGACCUUAAACGCUACGUUAACGGAUGUGUGGAAGUUUGCAAACAACCACAAACUGAAUUUUAACGUCACUAAAUCAUAUGUUGGACUUUUUACCACCAAUAAACACCUGUACUCGUACCACCCCCAAGUCCUCUUUCAAGAUCAGCCUCUUUCAUAUGUUAAACAUCCAAAGUACUUGGGCUUUGUUUUAGAUCAGGAGAUUACGAGCAACGGACACAUCUCAAAUCUGGUGAUCAAGAGCCGUAAGAGACUGAAUAUCCUUAAGUACAUCUCUGGCAGAGACUGGGGUGCUGACGCCAAAACACUCAGAUCAACAUACAUUGCACUAAUCAGGCCUAUCCUUGAGUAUGGAUUCCCGGUAUACUUCUGCGCCUCGACAUCUAACCUUCUCCAGUUGGAGAGAGUGCAAUUGAGUGCGGCUCGCAUCAUAACAGGCCUAAGAAACAGCUGCCCAAAUGAUAUAGUACUUUAUGAGGCUAAUCUCCCUCCCCUUGGCCUCGUUAGAAACUCGAAACUGGUGAAAUACUUCAACAAACUAAAAAGCUAUGAAAAUCAGAACCGUACAUCUGAAUAUCUGUCCAGCUGGAGUAGCAACCAGAGACUCAAAAGGAAUAGCCCACUUGGUAUGGCCGACAAACUGGAUAUUAUAUCCCAUUCAGUGGAGUACUCAUCUCUAACACCCUGUGUUAGUCCGACUGAGGGACUCCUUGGAGUUUACUUCCACUCUGAACUACCGUCUCAAACCAACAAAAACUCUGAUGUCCCUGAAUAUCUACGACAACUGGCUCUGGAGGUCAUAAAUAGUAUCCCGAGUUACGCUACUCUUAUUUAUACAGAUGGGAGUAAAGACGAGUCAAAUCAUACUGGGAGUGGUAUAUAUAUUGAGAAUCCUUCUGUACGUCUCUCUCGACGCAACCCAGACCACUGCUCGGUCUUUAAGAGCGAAUUAAUAGCUAUUAAGGAGGGUUUAAAUCAAAUUCUCCACUCCACAGACUGUAGUGACAUCUGGAUUCUUACAGACAGCCGUAGCUCAAUUCAACAUCUACAGGACUGGAACCAAGUAAAUGACCUAGUAAGCAUUCAAAUCAUCAAUAUGCUUAAAACUAUUUCAAAGCGAAGAGACGUCCACCUUCAGUGGAUCCCCUCCCACGUCAACAUUCCGGGAAAUGAAACCGCGGAUGCUUUGGCAAAAAGAGGCUGCUCUGAGAUGGCCACGACUGAUUACGACCUAACCUUUGAAGAGAUUUUCUCUGCGGCGAAAAAUAGAGACCGGCAUGUCUGGCUAGCUCCUCCAGCUCAUUCUUGGUACAGUAGACCAAAACCAGGAGGUGCAUUACGUUUCAAGGCCGACAGACAGGACCAAACGGCCAUCUCAAGACUCUUCAGUGGGCACCUGAAAUGCAUGUCAUUUGAAUCCGGCCGUAAAGUCUUCCCAACGUGUCCCAAGUGCCAUUUGCUGCCGGCCUCCCCGCAACACCUACUGGAUUGCUUGGGGCUCACUCUUGAGGAUGUCCGCGACAACCCACUCCUGGUGCUCGACUUUGCGAGGGUGCAUGGAAUUAUGGAUUUGAUGUAG